AUGGAAGAAGAAAAUGAGCUUAAUCUUGUGGAAGAUCGAUUCGAUGAUUUAGCAAUUGAUGAUGAACCUCUUGAUUUAGGUUCCGAUGCUGGUUCUUACUGUAAGUAAAACAAAUCGACAACAACUGAACUACAUUUUAAUAAAUGCCAUUUUUCAGUCGAUGAAGAAGAAAUGCGAAGUAGAAAUGAAGAGGAACUUCCAACUUCUGAAGAAUUCAUAAUUAGUAAAAGAUAUCGUCCAAGUAAACAAGUUACGGAUCAAAUGCCUACAAUUAGCGAAGAAAAUGAUGUCACAAAAGCGACAAAAAAUGAUUCGUGGGGAAGGACUUCGAAAAAGAAUUUGAGUGUCCCCGAAGAUAAUUCAAAAGAUUGUUCAGUCGAAUUCAAAGACGGAAGUAAGUCGGAAUAUUCUAGAUUCAAGAAAUAACAGUUUAUUUUAGAAGCAACAAUGGACGAAUAUGAGAAAAUGUAUUUUUCGAAAGAAAAUCGAGCAAAUAUGUUGUUUAGAGAAGAUGAUCCUCGAUUUCAUCAAAACAAGUUCGAGAAAGAAAACUCAUGGGAACCAUCAAUAAUCGAUCUCGAACAUCAGCCUUCACCAGAAAUUGUUGUAAGCCCGGCAAAUAUUCUGAAAGCCAACAAAGUCUUCACAAAUACAACUUCUCCACCUGAUAAUACAAUGUUUCUAAAUUCUCCAUUAUCUACAAAUGCUGAACCAAAAAAUAGUACUCCUAAACGACGUAAGCUUUUAUAUCAAUUGAAGCAUUUAAUGUUUUUAUUUUUGAAAAAAAGUUCAUUUCAAAUAUAGCCUGUGAUUUUCAGCUGAAUCUGUUCGAUUUGGACAACGAUUGAAACCGCAUCAACUUGAAAUAACUUCAAUUUCUUCAAUUCAUGCAUCCAGUCCUACACGAGCACCAACUUUUGGUAAUUUUUAAACUUCAUUUUGUUAAAACGUAUUUCAUAAUUUUUUUCAGCCAAAUGUUCGCCUUCAAGUUCUUCAAUUCUUUCGAAUGCAACAGUUCAGAAUAGUCAACUUUUACAAUUUAUGAAUAAUGCACAUUGCAAAGAUAGCAAUGCAUUGAUCGAUGCAUUGGAAAAGGCUAGAAUAGGAAGAGAAUUUACAAAAUCAAGACCUAAACCAAAUUUGCGAAGAGAUGCAACUAUUUCGAAACCACCACCGCCUCAAAGUUCACACGAUUUCGAAGAUCAAUAUAGAGAUUGUACAAGAAUGGUCACUGCCUGCUCAUUAUCUGUUUGUUUUUUUUUACAAAUUGUUAUCCAACUAAAAUAUUCAAAAAACAUAUUUCAGUCCACCAAUACUUCUGUUCCGAUUCGUAAAUCAUUUGUUGAAACUGAUCAAAAAGUAUUGGGUUCAGUAGUCAGUGUUCAAAGUCAUCGACCAACUUCAAGAGUAUCGAUUGUUUCAACAACAAGUUCGACUGGAUCAGAAAAACCGAAUUUAUUGAAAAUAAAUAAUCGAAGAUUGGCAUUUGGAGCUGUUGAAAUUGGAGAUCAAUUAGGUUUAGAAUUGGAAAUGGAAAAUAUUUCGGAUCGAAUGUUGAAUGUUAGAUCAAAAUUAGAUAGUGGAACAAGAGCUUUUGAGGUAAUCGCUUUUUUGUUUUUCUAUAGAAAAUAAUGUUUCAUCUAGAUUGUUGAUAACACAUUGGCACUUAUUGGACCUGGACAAAAAUCUAAAUUGCGUGUGAUUUUCAAACCAGAUAAAGCUGGAAGAUAUCAAGUUUUAUUAAAAAUUGAUGUUCUAUCACCGCAAAUUCAUUAUUCAAUUCCAUUAUGGGGAUGUGGUGGAUUAGCAUCAAUUCGUCCAAUUAUUGAAGGAGAAAUUGAAAAUACAUCACAUAACAAGGAUUAUAUUUUAAGAACAUCGAAAUUCUCAAAUAUUUCUUUCCGCCUCCAAAAUGAUGGAGAAAGAGAUGGAUUUUUAUUGAUUCAUAUUUAUGACUCAAAUUUGAAACCUGUAAAAUGUCGAAUUACUCCAUCUAAUGCAAUUAUGUUACGGAGAAGAAGAGAAUGUCAAUUUGAUAUAAAAUUAUCAAGUGGUUCAACAUUUGUUUCGGCAAAUGAAACAAAUCGUUCAAGUUCUGUCAUGUCCAGUGUUUCAACAAAUAGUCGAAGAAAUACAAUUGGAAAUGCUGAUUAUGUUAUUGAAAUCAAAUGGGGAGAAGAAUUAUUGAGACAACGAUUGAAAAUGUUUGUUUUUUGUUUGCAUUUUGAUUUUAUCGAAAAAAUUCUCGAAUUUUAGACUUUCCAACGAAACUAAUCAAAAAUUGUUGAUAGAUGGACAUGAUUAUUGUUCGAUUCUAUUCGAAAACGAAGAACCCUUCCAAGCAGCAAAAGGUUUUCCGAAAGUUGUACCAGAAGAUCGAGCAUUAUUUGAAGCAUCGUGUAGAACAACUAAUAUUAUGGUAAUUUUAUUUUAUUUUUUACAAAUUACUAAAUAAAUGUUUUGUAGGUUUUCUCAACACGUUCUUGUCGGCAAAUGGAAAGUUAUCGAAGUAGCAGUAGCCAUGCGAUGAAUUCCGAAACUUCAAUUCUUGAAACAAGCGCAUUUCGCUAUCAAACAUUUGUUCCCGAUCAAGACGCAACAUUUAUGCCGAGAAAAUAG